UCAGAUGAGGCUCAGGAAUCCUCUUUAAGUAAGACCUGUAAGUGUGAGGAUGGACUGUGUCCUCAGCCAGCAGAUCAGGCUGAGAGUGUCAGCAGCCAACAAAGUCAAGAUCUAGGAGUCUGUUGUCCCUGAGCCUGUGUGGAACUGAUAAAAUCUGGAAGAAAGGAUUUCCGUACACCUGCUGUGGGGCUGGUACCUCGCUUUUGGAGAUCACUGGGUAUUAGGAUGUGGUGAUUGGCUGUGAUUGUGUACCACUGGGCAUAGGACCAGAAGGCUGGCUGAGCGUUUCCAGAGCUGCCUGAGAGAAUACAUCCCUGCUGGGCUGCUGGACAGCCGAAGAGCAUCUGCGAAGAGGCUGAAAACUGAAUUCUGCAGACACACAAGUAUCUGUAACUGAAGGGGAUCGGCUAAGAGGCUCCUCUCGGCGUAACACGCAAUUCCAGUUCAUGAGUGAACAUUUGUGAUUUGGAAGUCAUGGGUUGCAGCAGUUCUUCAGCGAAAGACAAGAAAUCUGAGAAAGCUGAAGCAGUUCCCACUCAGCGAGUGCUGAGAGCCACAUUGAUCAUCCAGAACUGGUACCGAGGUUACAGAGCUCGCCUCAAGGCCAGACAGCACUAUGCCCUCGCCAUCUUCCAGUCCAUUGAAUAUGCUGAUGAGCAAAGCCAAAUGCAGCUAUCCAACUUCUUUUCUUUCAUGUUGGAAAACUAUACUCGUGUACAUGAGGAAGAUCCAAAGUUGGCGAGUCGACUGUUUGAAAGCAAUGUCCAGGAUAUCAAGGACAGACAGGACUAUGUGGGAUUGGUAGAAGUCCCAGACUCCUAUGAGGGUCCUCGGCUGCAAUUUCCUCUCAGUUUUCCUGAUAUCGAUUUACUUAUUGAGGCCUUCAAGAAACAACAGAUACUUCAUGCUCAUUAUGUCUUAGAGGUGCUGUUUGAAACCAAGAAAAUCCUCAUGCAGAAGUCGAAUUUCACUCACAUAAAUACUUCUCCCUCCAAAGAGAUAACAAUCUGUGGUGAUUUGCAUGGGAAACUUGAUGACCUUUUUAUGAUCUUCUAUAAGAAUGGCCUCCCCUCAGAGAAAAACUCAUACAUCUUCAACGGUGACUUUGUAGACCGAGGAAAAAAUUCCGUAGAGAUCCUAAUGAUCCUGUUUGUGAGUUUUCUUGUGUACCCCAAUAACCUGCACUUGAACAGAGGCAACCAUGAAGACUUUAUGAUGAAUCUGAGGUACGGCUUCACAAGAGAAGUUUUGCAUAAAUACAAGAUACAUGGGAAGAAAAUCUUACAAAUGUUGGAAGAAGUCUAUACCUGGCUUCCAAUUGGUACGAUCAUUGACAAUGAGAUCCUGGUCAUACAUGGUGGGAUAUCUGAUUCCACAGACUUGUGUUUACUCCACCGUGUACAAAGAAACAAAAUGAAAUCUGUGCUGAUGCCACCAAUGUCAAUAAUUGGAGACAAUGCCUCCAACUUGAAGAAAAAUAAACUAGGUGUCACCAUUAAUAUGCCAGAUAAAACCGAACAAAAUGACUCUUUUUCUGAACAGCUAUCAAAGCACGAAUGGGAGCAGGUUACUGAUAUUCUGUGGAGCGAUCCCAGAGGCAGAAAAGGCUGCUAUCCAAACACAAGUCGCGGUGGGGGCUGCUAUUUUGGUCCAGACGUGACGUCUAAGGUUCUCAGUAAAUACCAGUUGAAGCUGCUCAUCAGGUCUCAUGAAUGCAAACCCGAAGGGUAUGAAAUCUGCCAUGACGGAAAGGUCAUCACUGUAUUUUCUGCUUCUAACUAUUAUGAAGAAGGCAGCAACCGAGGCGCUUACAUCAGACUGAGUUUUGGUACCAGCCUUCGAUUUUUCCAGUACCAAGUAACUAAGGCAACAUACUCGAAGCCUCUUCACCAAAGGGUGAAUACUAUUGAAAGCAGUGCCAUUAAGAUAUUAAAAGAGAGGAUAAUUGGACGAAAAACUGACCUCAUCCGUGCCUUCCAGCUUCAAGACCAUAGUCGAUCAGGAAAAAUUUCAACGACCCAGUGGGCUUUUUCCAUGGAGAACGUUUUGGGGCUGAACUUACCAUGGAGAUCCCUGAGUUCCCACCUAGUAAAUACAGACAAAAAUGGAGACAUUGACUAUAUGUCCAGCUUCCAGGAUAUCCACAUUGAAAAACCUGUGAAAGAGGCUCAGUCUACUGUCAUUGAAACUUUGUACCGAUAUCGAUCUGACCUGCAAAUCAUAUUUAAUAUCAUUGAUUCUGAUCACUCAGGUCUGAUCUCCAUGGAAGAAUUCCGGGCCAUGUGGAACCUUUUCAGUUCUCACUACAACGUUCAUAUUGAUGAUUUCCAGGUUAACGAGCUCGCCAACACAAUGGACUUAAACAAGGAUGGGAGCAUUGACUUCAAUGAGUUUUUAAAGGCUUUCUAUGUAGUGCAUAAGUUCGAUAAGAAAAAUUAGACACCGAGUUUGCUAAAGCCUCCUGAGGGAUUCCCUUAGUCUCUUUACAAACAGCUGGGCCCAAACAACAGACACAAUCUUUUCCAAGACCCUGAAAAUCCAUAGUCAACAGUAGAGGAAAGUAGCCCCCAAUUCACAGCAAGCAGACGCACAGUACGGAUGGGUACUGGGAGUGCCUGGCAAGCUGUUAGCUGUAAGACUAGGUUAAAUGUCAGCAGCUAGGAUUUGGCUCCAGGUUAGAGCCCACACAGUGCCAGUGAGAAACUGGGUUCCAGCCUAGUGUUUGUCUCCUGGAUGCGACCUAACCAGGAGACCACAGUGAUUUCCAAACCUACUGAAAGGAACCCAUAGCGCUUCAGACAAAACUGCUGGGAGCAACAUCGGGAGUGAAGGCUGGGAGGAGGAUUACCAAACGAUGAGUGCAAUAAACCAGUCCCACCUUUCAGCUGCAGUCCUCUGUGCGGAUUCCUUACGCCAGUGAUCCUCAGCUGUCGGGCAGUGGCCUUCAGGGAUAGGCGCCUCGUCACGUCCUGGGGCAGCGGUGGGAGCGCAGUGUUAGGAAAAGCCUCGUGGUCUCGUGUCUGUUGCGGACGGGCAUCCUCAUUGCUGUGUGGGGUCUCGGUGGUGCAUACACUGUGCAAUGCUUGCAUAUCAAAGACAACAAGAAAUUUCUGUUUAAAGGUAAGAUAGAUUUCAGAGUUUUUUUUUCUUUUAAGUUUGAAUACUUCACAAUCUAGCAAUGAGCCAGAUUAGAUAGCCUACAGGCCUGCCUGUUACAAGCACCAGAAAUAAUGGACAAAAUAUGACAGAUCUUUAAAUUUUCAAUUCUUUUAUUAAACUUUUAAUAUACAGAAAAAGAACAUAAUUAAAACUGUAACAAUAUUAAAAUCAGGAUAGAUUUUAAGUCAAAGAAGUAUCAUUAGGAAUGCUAAAAGGAAUAAUUUACCAGGAAGAUAUACUAAUUACAAACAUAUACCUAUAACAAAGCUUCAAAAUUUAUAUUGCAAAAGGUGAUGUAACUACCAGGCUAAAUUGAUAGAAGAUUUUUACAACUCUGUCAGUAAUUGAUCAUGUAUACUAAAAAUUAGUGUAUAGACUACUGGACAACCUACUCAGUCCACCUGAUGGGAUAUCUAUUUGUAUAUUGGAGAGAACUUCAAAACGGUUAUGGAAAAUGCAAUUAAAAAUCUAUUUGGUGAAAAAUGUUUUGACCAUGCUUGUGAAGAAAAUGAAUGUUAUGAAAAUCAUGCAUAGAUUUCAAAAUCUUUAUACCAAAAUAGGUUUAUUGUUUAAUUCAUUUUUCCACCAACUUUUUGAAGUAUCGUCAAUACAUACAUAUGGGUGUAUGUGUGUAUCUGUAACUGUGUUUAGAUAUGUGUGUGUGUGUAUGGGUACUCAUAUACAGACCUUUAAUUUUAGAAAAUGCACAUCAUUUUCAAGCACACAUGGAACAUUUAUAAAAAUUGAUCAUGUAUUAGACCACAAAACAUCUCAAAUACUAAAUUAAAUUAGAAGCCAGAAUAAAAAAGAUAACUGUAUUAAAAUGAAUAAAAAAGAGAUAAUAACUAGAUCUACAAGAGAAUGGUAAGAAAAACGUUGACAAGAAUACCAUGAAGAAUUUUAUGCCAAUAAUUUUAAAAACUAGGUGAAUGGACAAUUUCCUAGGGGAAAAUAUAACUUACUAAAGCUAAGUGAAGAGUGACAGGAGAGUGCAGAGACAUCCAACCAUUAAAGAAUGUGAUGGCUUCGUAAUGGGUCAGUUUGGCUAGGCUGUGGCUCCUGGCUUUGGAUUAGCUCAGUUCCAACCAUUGUGGCCAUUUGGGGAGUGAACCGGCGGAUGGAAGACCUCUCCCUCUGUCUCUCCCUCUCGCUCUCUGUAACUCUACCUCUCAAAUAAAUAAACAAAUCCUCUGC